AUGAUAAGAACAGAACAACGAAACAAGAGAUGGGAACAGUAUUUCUCUAAAUUACUGAACGAGGAAAAUGAACGGCUGAUCAGAGGUGAUGGAGACACUAACCAGGGUGCAGUCUUGGAAAUAUCAAGGAUAGAGGUGCAACAGGCACUGAAGAUGAAAAACAGGAAAGCCACGGGACCAGACGGCAUCCCCAUAGAAGCUUGGAAAGCGAUGGGAGAGGAAGGCAUUGACGUGUUAUGGAUGCUGAUGGGGAAGGUGAUGGAUGAGGAGAAUAUCCCGACAGUAUGGAAAGAAAGUAUAUUAAUACCGAUUUUCAAAGAGAAAGAUGUUCAAAAUUGUGAAAAUUAUAGAGGCAUAAAACUAAUGUCACAUACUUUGAAACUAUUAGAAAGAAUAAUAGAUGGCCGAAUAAGACAGGAAGCGUUUAUUGGAAGACAACAACUGGGCUUCAUGAAAGGAGUAGGAACGGCGGACAGGAUAUUCUGCCGAGAAGAAAAUCAAAAAGUGUUACACAUGUUGUUUAUAGACCUAGAGAAAGCUUAUCAUAGAGUGCCGAGACAGGAAGUGUCGAGAGGUAUGCGCAAGCGAGGAGUGACGGAGAAAUACGUGAGAAUGAUGCGAGACUUAUAA